CCCCUGCCAAAAACAACACACACAAACGACACACACCAGAAAGGUGCUCAGGUUGCAAAGUCCCCGUUUUUAACAGAUUUAAAUCAAAUUAAAUUCAUUUCUCUCUCUAAAGCUCCAGACCUCCUCUCCUCGACGAUGUGGUGCGGUCGCGUGGCUCUGUGUGUGGCUCUCCAACGGAUUGCCGUUGCGCCGUUAAACUCAUUAAGUAUUACCGGGGGGUUACCGGGCGCCGUGCAGAGAGAGAUGUCGUCUCUACCGCGGGUCUACAUCACGCGACAGAUCCCGCCAGAGGGGCUGAAGAUUCUCAGCGAGUCUGGACAAGUGCAGUUUGAUCUGUGGGACUCAGAUGACGUCCCCGUGCCCCGGAAGGAGCUGCUCCAGAAGGUCAGAGGUGUCGAUGCGCUGGUCUGCGUGCUCACGGAGAAGAUCGACGCCGAGCUAUUGGACGCUGCAGGUCCUAACCUUAAAGUCCUGAGCACCAUGUCAGUGGGUUUUGACCACCUCUCCCUGGAGGAACUAAAGAAAGGUCAGUGACCUCUGACCUCUGUU